UAGAUCCGAGUGAAUGACAAAUCGUAAAGAAGAAGCAUUCUAACCUUACAGCAUUGAUUUUCGCCAGCAAAUUUUCCAAAUAAUAUUGAAAAAAUGUUCCAAAACAGUGCUGCUCGCCUCCUGGUCCCCGCUAUCCGUAGCGCAAUGCAAAGCCGAUGCCAGUCGGUAGUUUCUGGACCACCAACUCAGCACGUAUCCACCGCCGAGAAGGUGAUCCUUGGCGGCGGCAUGUGCGCUGCCUCCCUGUUUAUUCCCGCCUGGGUGCUCUACCACAUCCGGGACUACAAGGGCGGAAAGUAAUUUGGACUUGUUACCACAUAUAGAUAAUACCCCUGUAAAGUAAAGAGUGUCAAUACAUGAAUGGUGGCCCUGCGAUAGGGAAAUAAACUAUAAUGCGUUGAGCUACAAA